AGCUUCCUUAUGGCUGGGAGAAAAUUGAGGAUCCUCAGUAUGGAACAUACUAUGUUGAUCACCUCAACCAGAAAACUCAGUUUGAAAAUCCAGUGGAGGAAGCCAAAAGGAAAAAGCAGAUAGGACAGGCUGAAAUUCAUUCUGCAAAACCAGAUGUGGAAAGAUCUCACUUUACUCGGGAUCCGUCUCAACUUAAAGGUGUCCUUGUUCGAGCAUCACUGAAAAAGAGUACAAUGGGAUUUGGUUUUACCAUUAUUGGUGGAGAUAGGCCUGAUGAAUUCCUACAAGUGAAAAAUGUGCUAAAAGAUGGGCCUGCAGCUCAGGACGGGAAAAUUGCACCAGGUGAUGUUAUUGUAGACAUCAAUGGCAACUGUGUCCUUGGUCACACCCAUGCAGAUGUUGUCCAGAUGUUUCAGUUGGUACCAGUCAACCAGUAUGUCAACCUUACUUUAUGCCGUGGUUAUCCACUUCCUGAUGACAGUGAAGAUCCUGUUGUGGACAUUGUUGCUGCUACCCCUGUCAUCAAUGGACAAUCAUUAACAAAAGGAGAGACAUGCAUGAAUACUCAGGAUUUUAAACCAGGAGCAAUGGCUUUGGAUCAAAAUGGAAAACCAAGCCAAAUCUUGGCCAGUGACCGUCUCAAUGGUCCGUCAGAUUCAAGUGAACAGAGAGCAUCCCUGGCAUCAUCAGGCAGCUCCCAGCCUGAACUAGUGACUAUCCCUCUGAUUAAAGGCCCCAAAGGCUUUGGGUUUGCAAUUGCUGAUAGCCCAACUGGACAGAAGGUGAAAAUGAUAUUGGAUAGCCAGUGGUGUCAAGGCCUUCAAAAAGGGGAUAUCAUCAAAGAAAUUUACCACCAAAAUGUGCAGAAUUUAACACAUCUCCAAGUGGUAGAAGUACUAAAGCAGUUCCCAGUAGGUGCAGAUGUGCCGUUGCUUAUCUUAAGAGGAGGUCCUCGUUCACCAACUAAAACUGCCAAAAUGAAAACUGAUGCAAAGGAAAAUUCAGGAAGUUUGGAGGCCAUAAAUGAGCCUAUUCCCCAGCCUAUGCCUUUUCCUCCCAGCAUUAUCAGGUCAGGAUCCCCAAAAUUGGAUCCUUCUGAGGUCUACCUGAAAUCUAAGACUUUAUAUGAAGAUAAACCACCAAACACCAAAGAUCUGGAUGUUUUUCUUCGGAAACAAGAAUCAGGGUUUGGCUUCAGGGUACUGGGAGGAGAUGGACCUGACCAGUCUAUAUAUAUUGGGGCCAUUAUUCCCCUGGGAGCAGCUGAAAAGGAUGGUCGGCUUCGUGCUGCUGAUGAAUUGAUGUGUAUUGAUGGGAUUCCUGUUAAAGGAAAAUCACACAAGCAAGUUUUGGACUUAAUGACCACUGCCGCUCGAAAUGGCCAUGUGUUACUAACUGUCAGGAGAAAGAUCUUCUAUGGAGAGAAACAACCUGAGGAUGACAGCCCACAAACCUUCACACAGAAUGGAUCCCCCCGACUGAAUCGGGCAGAGCUCCCAGCCAGGCCUGCCCAGGAGGCCUAUGAUGUUAUCUUACAGAGAAAGGAAAAUGAAGGGUUUGGUUUUGUCAUUCUCACCUCUAAAAGCAAGCCACCUCCUGGAGUUAUUCCUCAUAAAAUUGGCCGAGUCAUAGAGGGAAGUCCUGCUGAUCGUUGUGGAAAACUUAAAGUUGGAGAUCACAUCUCUGCAGUGAAUGGGCAGUCCAUCGUUGACCUGUCUCAUGAUAAUAUCGUUCAGCUGAUCAAAGAUGCCGGAGUCACUGUCACACUUACAGUCAUUGCUGAAGAAGAGCAUCAUGGUCCACCAUCAGGAACAAACUCAGCCAGGCAAAGCCCAGCGCUGCAGCACAGGCCCAUGGGACAGGCACAGGCCAAUCACAUACCUGGGGACAGAAUUGCCCUAGAAGGUGAAAUUGGGAAAGAGAUCUGCAGUUCCUACAGACAUUCGUGGUCUGACCAUAAGCAUGUCGCCCAGUCUGACACUGCAGUGAUUUCAGUUGUGGGAAGUCGGCACAAUCAGGGCCUUGGCUGUUACCCAGUGGAGCUGGAAAGGGGCCCUCGAGGCUUUGGGUUCAGCCUUCGAGGAGGGAAGGAGUACAAUAUGGGGCUGUUCAUCCUUCGCCUCGCUGAGGAUGGCCCUGCCAUCAAAGACGGCAGAAUUCACGUUGGUGACCAGAUUGUGGAAAUCAAUGGGGAACCUACACAAGGCAUCACACAUACUCGAGCAAUUGAGCUCAUUCAGGCUGGUGGAAAUAAAGUCCUACUCCUGUUGAGGCCAGGAACUGGCUUGAUACCUGACCAUGGUGAUUGGGAUAUUAAUAGUCCUUCAUCUUCCAAUGUCAUUUAUGAUGAACAGCCACCACUUCUCCCAUCUUCACAUUCUGCUUCCGUAUUUGAAGAGUCUCACAUGCCAGUAACUGAAGACUCUCUGAUUAGAGUUCAGAUAUGUGAAAAGGCAGAAGAACUAAAGGACACUGUACCAGAAAAGAAAAGCACUUUCAGUGGAAGCCAGCCUGAAAUGAAGCAUCAGACCGUUCUCCAGAAAAAUGUGAGUAAGAAGGAUCCACCCAGUAGUCAAAGGCAUGGUGAGAAGAAUCUACUAAAAGGAGAAAAUGGUGUCACACGAAGAGAGAGAUCUGCUAGUCCCAAAAAGUCAGCUAAUCAACAUUCAGAGGAACAUUUGGAAAAGAUUCCCAGGCCCCUAAAAAGUGACCCCAAAGGAAAAUCUAGAGAUCGGUCACUCAGCCCUAGGAAAGGAGAGACUAAAGGUCAGAUCACCACUAAGGCGGGUUCUGGACAAGAUCCCUGCAGAAAAGGCAGAGGACGAUCUUCUAGUCCCAAGAAUCAGCAAAAGAUUGUAGGCACUGGCCCGUCAAACACUGAAAGCCAAAGGGCAGCAGGCCAUACUAGUGACAGUACUGAACAGCUCCCAGAUGGGAAAGAAAAAUCGGGUGUUGUCAGGAAAGAUCUGAAGCAGAGUCAACUUGGAAAAACCAGAACAAGGUCUCCAGAGAAAAAGAGCAAUAAAGUUGAUGAAACAUCUCUUCCAUCCAAAAAGAUCAGCAACACUGCUAGUAGGGCGGUGUCUGAGAAGGAAAAAGGAAAGAAGCCAACCACAGGAGAAAAUGUCCAGAUCUCAGCAAAGAAGCUCAAGCAGGAACCUGAAGAGAAGAUGACGUUAGGUAAAGCAGAAGAUCACAAAGGGAAAGAGCCAGAGGCCACUGACAGAUGCAAGGAGCGUGCAGGGGGCAUACCUGAAAACAGCUCUCCAGUCAAAAAAGCUCCCAUCACUCCAGGGCCCUGGAGAGUGCCACGUGCAAAUAAAAUCAUAGGCCCUGCUGGCAUGGCUGACAAACAGCUAUGACCUUUUGUAUAAUACAAAGAAAAUUAAGUUGUAAUUUUUUACUCAAACACAGCAUUCUUUUAAGGGGAAAGGUGUCCAGAUAGUCUUCAAUACCUAAUUGAAGCAUCAAGUUAGACAGACUGCAUGAAAGUCUUCUGGGAUUCCUAAGACCCACCUGGCCCUGGCUGGCUGCCCUUCUUCACAUUCAGGAAGGAGCUGCAGCCAUGGGCUCAUCUGCCAUGCCCUGCUCAGGCUGCCCGCUCAGCAAUGACAUGAUCUUAGCAGUAUGGUUACAACUCACUUUGUAUUCGUGCCAAGUUACCUAUUGUAUCAUGUCUGUUUUAUCAUUCCCAUUCUGAUAUUUCCAGUCAUGAAACAGUUCGGUUUAGCUUGAAGAUGUUUCCAAUAGCAUGUUGCAUGCUUACAGAGAGAAAUAUUUGAGUCCUUGCAGAGGAAGAAAUUGUUAGCUCAUCAUUAAAGUUGGCACUUGCCGAUUUUCAUAGCUUCUGACCAUCCUAGUUUAAAAAUGCAACUCAGAAAGAUCACUACAUUACAGGAAAAAUCAAAUAUUAAAGAUGCUUUUUUUAUGGCUAAGUAAGGUGUUUCAAGUAACUGUUAAAGAUAGUCCUUACAAUUGAAUGCUCAAAAUGAGGAAGUACUAACCAGCAGAAUGAACAAACUCCUGCCAGUAGCCAACCCUAAUGUAGCUACGGUGUCUCAGAUCACCUGUCGUAGGAAGAGAAGUGCAGGAGCUUGUGGAAGUACCAUUUGUUUCUCUUCCAAGAAAAGCUACUAUCUGGAUAUUUUGAUUAUUAAUCAUUAGUCUUUAAUACAUAAUUGAUAUUUUUGUGAGGGACUUAAUCAUGUCAGUUCUACAAUCCACUGUCAGAUAAAGCACCAGCUCCUGUGGCAUAGAGAAAGAAGUUUAUCUGGGACCGAUGCAGGAGUUUUAGGGAUUUAGAAGCAGUGCUUGCAUUCGGCUUUCCCAGCAAGUCAGGACUAAUAUGCUAUAGACCACAUGUGUUGGAACUUUAAUUUUUAGCUAACUAUUUAAAAACAGGAAAAGAUUUCAGAGUUAUUUUCUAAAGUCUAAGAAGAAAAAUGUUUGCUGAAAGUUGAAGACAAGUUUUAACCUCAUAUAAUAGAUUGGGAUGUUCGUUUGGUUCCUUGAAACAGCAUUCAGAAGCAUCUAUAAACACAGACACAAUUCUCAGACCAAAAUUGUCUACUUAGGGAGUAUUUGAGCAAUCAUUCUGUUACCCUGUGAGUCUGACAAACUCCACUGUGACCAACUGUACUGGCCCCUGUAGGUAACACAUGCUUCCACCCAGAACUAUAUUUAACCCAUCUAUUAUAACUACUUGAAUAGAGCAAAAUUAGGAGGCUUGAUAAAUGCUAAGAAUUUAGUACCACAGAAAUGAUUUAUUUUCCCUAUAGUCCACAAUUAGUGAUACAAAUCCUAUUUUUAUUGUUAAUUGUGACAUAACUUUGAUGUCAUAUGUUGUCAUUCUGAUGUGGCUCUUCCUUAAGUAACCUGUCACUGUACUGAUUUAUAUACAGUCUGCAAACAUGACUUAGCCACGUGGCCUUGGAAUGCUGAGCAAAAUAUGGAUGUCCUGGUUGUAAAUGUUUAUAUAUGUACAGUACCUUUAUAUAUAUAUAUAUAUAUAUAGAUAUAUAUACACUUGGGUCUCCAAUUAGAGAAAGAUCUGUAAAUUGCUCGUUAUUUUUUAUAUAGAUAUUAAAAAAGAAAAAAAAAGUUUAUGUCCUGCUUUUUUUUUUAACUAUCAGGAUCAUUUAACAUUGCUGUUUGUGGAGCUUAGUUCUCAUCACAAUCUGAGUCAUCAAAGUUGUAAAAUCAUGAAGACAUAAUAUGCCUUUACCUGUACCUACUUUCAUAUAUGGAUGAAAGUCAUGAGUUGUAUACCAUUAUGCCUAUUUUCAUAUUUCAUUGCAAAGACAAUAGUUUUGCAUUGAUAAUUUGAUGUUAAUGCUAUUUUUUUAAUGUCCCUUUUCUCCAUUACUAGAGAAGACAAGACAUUUCAUCUCACUGGAAUUUAGUUACUACACAUUUAUAGUGGACUAACAAUAUAGACUACCUACCACAAGUUCACAGAAUUCCAUGGCAAUACACAUUUAUUUUAAAAUUACUUUUAGAAUUAAGUGUCUGGACUUGGUUUCAUUUCACUUCGUAAUGUGUGUGUGUUUGUAUACAUACAUAUACACACAGACUGCUUAAAUCCUACUUCAAAACUGGUUAUUUUAAUAUUCUUCAGGAGAAAAAUUCCUAUAAUUGCAUGACCUUGCACUAAAAAUAAAGUCCAGUUACAUUUACAGGCCCACAGUGGAAAUAAUGGAAAUGUAUCAGAGCAAAAGCUGCAGAGAAUAGGAGCCACAUCGUUCUGCAAACACACUGCUGUUACCAGGCAGGACUGCUGCAGUCCAUCCCACAGCACUGUCUGCUGACAGCUACAGCCUCCUUACAGCUAAGCAGCUCUGAGCAGUCUCAACUCCUAGAUCAAGACUCUUGGACUCCAUUUACAUGUGAAUACCUUCAUUUAAUUAAAGGAAACUGGGGCAGCAAGAUGGCUCAGCAGGUAAGAGCACUUACCACCAACCCUUCCAUUGCCAGGACUCUUGGUAGGAGAGAACUGAGCCCAUCAAGCUGCCCUUCAUGCACUCUGUGUGUGCAUUCACACACAUUAAAAAAUAGUCAAGAUGUUAUUGUUAUGCAGAAAUACAAAGCCAAAUACUUUGUAGACAUCUGGACAAAUGAGUUCCACGUUUUGUAUGUCCAUUUUUCACCAAAGUAUUGAAGGUACAUAAAGAACUUGUGUAGGGCUCUACCUAGUGACCUCCACAAAGAUGCAGAUUGGAGCUUAGCCUACCUUAUAUAAGACCUUAGAACCACAGAUUAUCUAUCUGCACAGACUGACUGAAGUACAGCAGUCCACUGUGGAGUGGGAAUGCAUCAGAGCAACUGUUUAUGUCUUGGAAUGCCCCACACCUAAAAGCUACCAAUUUUAUUAACAGCACCAGAAACACUUAUUUGGGAAUUCUAUCAUCUUUAGUUAGCUGAAUUCAUCUGACAUAUCUACAGAUUUGACAGGCUGUCAGUCACUCUAGUGUACUGAUAUAGAAGCUGAACCUGUUCAAAGCUGCUUGGUCUCUAUGCAUACAAGCAGCAUUAAUAUGAGGGAAUAUAUCAAUGCUCAGGAAGAAUUUUACCUAGUAGAAAAAGUCUAAAUCUCACACUCUAAAAUAUGGACACAGGCUUUAAUUUAGCCUUAAACUCUGCUUUCACAGUCCUAUAGAUAAAUGCCCAUUUUUUUACUAUGUAUGUUAAAGUCAAAAAGAAAAAAAAAAAAAAACAAAUUUACAAACCAAGAAACUUACUUUGUCCUUAGAACAACCACUAGUUAGCCUGAGUACCACCUUAUUGGAGCUGUGUGUGUUGUGCAGGAAAAGUUACCACUGCAAGUCUGUGUUCAAAUUUUAUCACUCAGAAUAGGCACCAGUGACUGCAAGAAACAAGAUUACAUAAAUUACUAGACUAGUCCAUGUAUAUAUUAAUAAAUUCCCAAAUGACCAUGUUUGAGAACAAGACCCAUCUGGCCUAUUAAGACUAUGUAGAUGGAAAAGUUUUCAAAACUUUCAGUUUGAUUAAUUUAAAAUGAGAUUGAUUCACCUUGCAUGGUUUGUUCACCAAUGAACAAAAAGCUUGAACCCAUAAACUGACUCGUUUGCGACACCUUGUUAUUUAGAAUUUCUCUUGCUAAAAAGUGAAGAAAACCAUAUUCCAGUUAGGCAAGCAUAUGGUUAUUUAGCUUCUCAGAGUUUAGUUUAUAGUUGUGACCAUAACUUAACAUGCCUAGGAGGGUUACAGAGUAUACAUCCAUAGCAGUUUUAGGAAGGGUGAUUUUCCCCAAUAAAACAGAUUUAAAGCCCAAAUCAAUAAGUAAAUUUCUUAUUCUUUGGUAGUUAUUACUACAAUUAGAUGGAUGAGUAGUUUAACUUAAUUCUAUUUUUACAUCUUGGUAUUAUUUCUCAAUGAUGUAAUAUUACCAAAAUCUUAGCCCUUUGGGAGAAUCAAAGUAUAAGUCACUAGAUAUUACACGGGGAUUGAUGAAACACAGAUUGCUGCCCAGGAGUGACAGACAGGAGGGCUAUUCUUCAUCCAGCGCAUAUUUCCUAAGCAUCUGUUAGGGAAUCCAGUACUGUUCUGCUGUUUUCAGGGAGCUCAGGGUCUAAUGGGAAGGAAACACAAGUAGACAAAAGAUUGUGAAGCACAUGAAGGAAGUCAGUGAGUGAUAAAACUGAUAAUUAACUAGAGUCAUGAAAGAGAGAGAGCCCUGCCUGAAAGCUGAGAGCUAAAAGAUGUAUUCCAAGGCAGAAGAAACACUUGGAUAUGCCUAGGAAGAGAAAACUUGGUAAAGGAGAUGGUGUGGAGGGAAGAAAAGGAAGCCAACGUAGGGGAGGUCAAACUGGCAGGAAUGCAGCACUGACACAAAGGGGCCUUGGAGGUGACUGCAGGAAACUCCUACAAGCUUUCGUAUGGAUGGUGUGAGAAUCUCCAUAUUUUAAGUUCAUUCAUGCAGCUGUGGAAAAUCAGCUCUUCAGCUAAUGGAAACCCAACAGAGCAGCGCAGCCCAGGUGAGCCUAAAGAAGCCUUAGCUAGUAGCAGUGAAAACCAUGUAUUAGUUACUUUUCUAAAACUUCAGUAAAGCAGACACCAAGGCAACCUUCAAAGGAAGUUUGUUUGGACUUACAAGCUCCAGAAAGUUAAGAGUGCAUGAUAAUGGAGCAGAGGCAGCAGGCAGGCUGGCUGGAGAAAAAGCUGAGAGCUCACAUCUUAAAUCACAAGCAGAGAGCAUAAAAUAGAAAUGUUGAGAGUCUCCGUUCUCAAAACGGACACACUUCCUCUACCUAGGCCACACUGCCUAAGCCUCUCCAAACAGCACCACCAAUUGAGCAGAAAUAUUCAAAUCCCCAAGACUAAGCUUGACAUCUCAUUCAAACCACCACAAGGCAAAACUAGAUUUAGACAUUGAGCCUUUACCUGAGCAGCUGAAUCAGCUCUAUACCAUUUACUAAGGUGAGGAAAAUAUGUCUCCUUAAAACUAAAAAUAAUGGAAAAAGUUUAAUAGCAGAUGUUAGGUUUUGAACAAGGGCAGCACAGGACAACAGAGUUAAACAAGGAGAUUCCCAAGACUGCCUACAAACAGCCUCUGGGCUGAAUGUAGAAAGGAAAGCCAAAUGAAGCAAUCUUGCUAUGAGGAAAGGUAAGCCCCAAAGGAACCAGCACCAGAGAGAAUGCAUUUGCUCAGAGAGGAGGAGAGCUCCAAAGACAUGCAGAAGGGUAGCCCAGUUGUAACUGAAUACUGGUAGCACAAACACAUGAAAACCCAACCACAAUGAACCUCCAAAAGAAGCAAGUAGAAAAAAUGCUAAAUUCUACACAGGACUGGAAUCAUACUACCAAUGCAGGAAAACCUCUUUCCUCACAAGCAGACAACCAAGUGUAGUGCAGAGAAAAAUGCUGCUUUAACAUAAUUAUCCUAAAUGAUGUGAUAGACCUUAGGGAGCCCCUU